GGGGCGGAGCGCGCUCUAUGACCGUGCGGGGCCGCUCGCUCAGUGCGGUGCGGCCGCGGGCCGGGUGGGAGCGGAGAUGGAGAAACCGCGGCGGGCGGUGGUGGUGACGGGGUUUGGUCCCUUUGGAGAACACGCCGUCAACGCCAGUUGGAUUGCAGUGCAGGAGCUGGAGAAGCUCGGGCUGCGAGAUGGCGUGGACCUGCAUGUCUAUGAAGUCCCGGUGGAAUACCAGACGGUGCAGAGACUCAUCCCUGCACUGUGGAAGAAGCACAGUCCACAAUUGGUGGUGCAUGUAGGUGUGUCGGGUAUGGCUACCACUGUCACUCUGGAGAAGUGUGGCCAUAAUGUGGGUUAUAAGGGCUUAGACAACUGCCGUUUCUGCCCAGGCUCUCAGUGCUGUGUUGAAGGCGGCCCAGAGUGCAUCGAUUCCAUCAUUGACAUGGACCUGGUUUGCAGGAGGGUCUCAGCACUGGGGCUGGACGUCACCGUCACCAUCUCUAAGGAUGCUGGCAGGUACCUGUGUGACUUCACUUACUACACUUCCUUAUACCAGAGCUGCGGGAGGUCGGCUUUCGUCCAUGUGCCUCCGUUGGGAAAGCCGUACAGCGCCGAGCAGUUGGGCCGGGCACUGCAGGCCAUCAUUGAGGAAAUGCUCGACGUUUUGGAGCAUUCUGAAGACAAAAUCAAUUGUCAGCACGAACACUGAAAGCAGGCAGGAGCCGUCCUGCUAUUGCACUUCCUGCACUUCCCCCCUGCUGCUGAAGUGUGGGGGAUGCUCUGUGUGAGACGUACAGAACGAGAAUUGGAGACUUCAAAAGCAAAAACCCCACUUCCAGAAAUUGACUUUUUUUUUUUCCCUCUGUUUUUUUUUUUUUUUCUUUUUUUUUUGGUCAAACGUGCGUAAUUGGAUGAGGAAAUCGAGAUCCCUUCUCUAACACAGCAGCUGCAGCUGCUCAUUCCUGGAGCAGACGGGCUGUGCUUUACCCAGAGCUCAUCUGUUGGCCAGGUGACGGCCGCUGAGCGGUCCCACACUGCACAGAUGGGGAGUUCCUUGGCCAGGCUCAGUGUUUGGGUGCAGGGAAUCGAUAACCCCAUCUUCUCACGACUGCCUGUUGAGCCGGAAGGUUUCCUUUCCUUCUGUCUCAUUUUGUUUCUCCUCGUUGGCCCCAAUUAGAGGUCGUAACGUGAAAGCGUAACUGAAAUUAGUUGGAAUGGUGUGAGUUUGUUGUAAGAAAACAACAAAACCCGGUGCUUGCUGGGGGCGAGGAGCCUCAGAAACUGCUUCUGAACUGAAAAAGCUUAGGGAUGCUGCCGCCUCCCCCCACCCUUCUCUGGGGCCGGGCUGACGUGGCCGCAGGUGGGAGGGCGGUGCGUUGGGAUGCAGAUCGGCUCACUGUGCGUGGAACGGUCUGAGCUCCCACCAAAUCCCUCCGGACAUCCCCAGCGUGGGGUCAGGGCUGCCCUCCUGGCCCCCACCGCCCUGAGCUGCGAGCAGCACAUCGUCCCUGUGUGUGCACAGCGCAUCGCGCGCUGCCGAGGAGCUUUGCUAAAGGCCACUUUCUCCACAGGAGAUCUUUAUCACGCUCUCUUUGGUGCCGGCUGUUAUUUUUAAAGCGAAGGCUGAGUAAUUUAUAACUUCCUUCACUGUGAACUUUUGUUCUCGUUAAAGGUUGGGUGGAGAGUAAUGUUUAACUUCCAUUCCCACUGCUGCUGUGAUGCGUUGCGGGCGCUGCCGCACGGCUGCCGGGGAGCGCUGCCAAAGGGCAUCUCACAUCUCAGAGCUGCUCCCGCUGCACGGAGCCCACAGACAGCUGUUGGCUGUUGGUAGAUAAGAGCACGGACACAGUGAUCUUUGUGAGAGGUUUUAGAGCGUCGUUCCUUCUGUUUCCCUGAUGAUGAAUGGUUCUGCUGCAGUGAGGGCAGAUGGGCAUCCCACGGCCGGAUCCCACAGCGGAGGCGUUGGGUGCAGAGAACCAUAGAAUGGUUUGGGUCGGAAGGGACCUCAAGGAUCACGGAGCUCCGACCCCGUGCUGCGUGCAGGGCUGCCAGCCUCCACAUUAAUACCAGCCUGGGCUGCCCAGGGCCCCAUCCGACCUGGCCUCGGGUGCACGGAGGGAGUUUGCCUUCCAAGCGAAUGCUCCCCUUGGCAUUGGGACACCAUGCAGUGCUGUCAGGGCACGGCAGGCUUUCAGAUCUGUAAUUUAUUCUAUUUAAUAUUUAGUUUAAGUAUUGGUAUAUAAGACAGCCCCCGAAUAGUUGAGCUCUUCUCUCCGCUGUGCCUGGGAGAAGCCGUCGGUGCGUCGUAGCUGCUGAGCUGUGGAAGGGGGAAGGUGCUGUGCUGGGCCUUACGGCGGAGCUCCCUUGCAGGCAGUCCCUUAGGAAACGUCAUUUAUGUCAUAAUCUUUGGGGUCUCUUUAUGGUAUUUUGGAUAAUUAGUCCUCGGGGUGUCGGGGCGGUAGCGGCGUUUCGGAUAGCGAAACCUUUUAAGGAUGGCGUUAAGCUGAGUUUGUUUAAUCCGACCUAAAUGGAAAGCUUUUGCUUUUGCUUUUCCUUUUUAACAGCUUUUUUAUUGUUAAAUGAGUUGAUUCUGAGCGCUCCUUUGCUGCAGGUAUUUGUGGGUGGUCCGUGGGGGUCUCUGCAGCUCAGGGCGUUCCGCGGCUCGGAAGCGAUGCUGAGUGCUUCGUGUCCCGGGUAUCAGCGAGAAGGAUCUGCUGAUGUGCACGGAUGGAGACCCACUGCUGGCUGCAGGUGGGCCCAUCGGGUUCGGUGUUCGGUGUUCGGCAGAUGGUGACGUCCCAGAGCGGAGUUUCGGGGUCGGGUGGCUGCAGGGUUGGCUCAGGUGGUGCGCUGAGAAGUGGGCUGAGGGCGUUUUGUGUGGGAGAGUGAAGGAGGGGGGUCCCCACGUGGGCUCCGGUGCCACGUGUUCGGGUGCUGGCGGUGCGGAGCGGGGCUGGCUGUGGUGCCGGGGGGGUUUGUUGGUGUCACGGUGAUGGGUUUGGUUAUUAAGUGCUGCGGAGGGCGAUGAGCUCCAGGUAUCCGAGAACUCCUUCAUCCCUGGGGGCUGUGAUGAGGGGAGGUGUUCCCUUUGGGUCAUCUGUUGUGCGAAACAGCAAGAAGAGGAGCCGAUCCCGUGAGCUUCAGAGCUCCUCGGCCCGCGGGAUGCCGGGUGCUGUGGCUGAAGGCAGAGCCCGAAGCUGCCGGCAUCCCCGGGUCGGCGCUGCACCGAAGCCCAGGGAUGGCAGAAGCAGCUCUCGCUCGUUUGGAGCUCUCCCCAACCCGGAGCACAGCAGCAGUGGGGGGGGAGAGAAGCGUGGGGGGGGAGAGAAGCGUGGAGGGAUGGUGGGAGGUGGUGGUUGUGGUGUGGGGCUGAGGGGGAGGGCUGAGCAAUGCGGGAAGAGCUCAGAGCGGAUUCAAAGCGAGCGCCGUCUCCGUGCGGGAGAGGGGGGGGGGUCUGCAGGGAGGGGCUGUGCUUUGCUUCGUGUUUACCGACCUCAGCAGUGGGCUCAGGUGGAGCGUUCGGAGUCUCAGCGCCAUGCAGGCAAUGCUGAACCUUCCAGUGCCUCAGUCGUCCAGCUCAGGGUGCUGUGCUGUUCCACGGCUCCGAGUUGGGCUGCUUGGAGUCGGUGCCGGUGGGCAGCGGUCGGCUCUUUGCAGCAGCAGCCCCAGUGCUGUGUGCUAUAAGUGCACUUAUAGGCUGUGCUCGUGGCUGGUUGGUGUCUGAUGUGGCCCCAGUGGUGUUCUGCCAAACCUCCAACAAAGCUGAGGGCGCUGUCAGUUCAUUGAUGAGCAGAAACCCGAGAGCUGCUGUGCCCCGUCGACAUGAAGGCAAAGUAGAGAAGCAAAUGCUUAGAUAGGAAUUAACGAUAGGAGAUGAAUCUGCGCGCUGCCCUUACACACAACUCCGUGCUACUUCACUACACCUUCAGGUUCUAGAUUGCACCAGCUUCUUACAUUGCAAAUGUUUACUUUGAUGAACAGGGAGUGCCUUGUCCUGCGCUGGGCUCUGGGAAGUGCUGGGGGCUGAGGGGCCUCUGUGGGGGGGAGGGGGGGCUCUGAGCUCCUUCACCCCCCCAUGCGCUCCAGGAGCCGCACUGCGUUGGGCUCGGGGGGUUCCUGGAACACACUGGGAUGUGACAAAGGGAAAGGGGGGGUUCUCAUUGCUUGGGGGGAGCAAACCCUGUGGGGUUCUGUCUGUCCUGAGGUGCUGCAUGUCCCAGUGCUGCUCUGCCCCCCAUCCCCAUGUUGGUGUUGUUGUGCCGACGUUGGCUGCGGUCUGAAUGGAGCCCUCCGGUGUUGCCCAUCUGUGCCCGUAGGACUCCUGGAGCUACAGCUCCGAAUCUGGGGGGGCUUCUGUUCUUCGCAGCGUGUUCUUGCAGUGCCUUGUAACCCCUACCAGUCUGUGUGCCACAAAGGGCUGUGUCACAAAGGGCCGCUCGCAUUCCCUCCGCUCGCUGUUGCUCCACUGGACUUUGUAACUGAGAACUUAAACCCAUGUUUCAAAGUAAAUAAAGAGUUUAACUCUG